UACCAUGUGCAAGUGGAUUGCGGACAUGUGUUUUGAAUUGAAUUACAUUUGUGUUUUUAUUCAUAUUUUUAACUUUUAAAGUGCUAUGGAUUACGUUGUAGGCAGCAUCGCGGCGUUACUAUCAGGCAAUGUAACACCCAAUCGGCCUAAACAUCUGAAAAAAGCUCAAACACCGACAAAACAUCAACCCUCUCCGAACGUUACGCCGAAGAGCGAGUUUGUGGAAGACCGGUCCAUAUUCCUAUCCCCCACGAUGAUUAAGAAGAAGGAUAUUAUAAAGAAAUCGCCUAAAAGAAUAUUCGAGAACCCAGGCCUUGACGUUACUAACGGUGAGGAUAACGAUUCUAUUGUGAGCCCUAAGGCGGAGAAAGUAAAAAAAAUGUUAAAAGAUAAUUUAGAGGCUAGUUCUAGUGUGGUAGAUACUAUCUUGGUGCGGCAGCAAUUGAUCAAAAACAGCGAGAAAUCUCCUAAAAAAGCAAAUAAAAAGAGAUUAAGCAAUAAUGUUGAGAAUACAGAUGAAAACAUAACACCCACGAAGAAACAAUGUCUAUCAGACAUUGGAAAUGACAUAAAAAAGGAUAUAUCAACUUCAGUAUCUUUGGGUAAUAGUCCGAAAAGUAAAGUUACAGAAUCAAAGUUUGCAGCUGCAAUGAACGGUGAGAAUUCACCAGAAAAUAUAGGAACUGUGUCUAAGAAGAUGAAUAAGCAACCACAGAAUGACUUUAUUGUUGAAGAAAUACCCAAAGCAAAUGCUAGUGAAGAUCUUAAAAAUAAAAAAGAUAAUCAAAGCCCAAAGAAGAAAAAUAGGAAAAGGAACAAGUCCAAACAAAAAGGACAGAAUAAUCUAUCUGGACAACAAGGACAGAAUAAUAUAUCAAUGGUUAAAAUAAACCCAGUCAUGGUUACAAAUGAGAAGGCAGUUGCAAAUGAUGUUAAGGUAGUAGAAAAUAAGGAAAUUAGCACCAAUUUAGCUUCUGUGGUUAAUCAGGGCCAGAAGAAGAAAAAAAAGAAGAGGAACAAGGCAAAACAAAAUGGACAGAUUGAUAAAUCUGACUCAACAGUUAACACAAAUCCAAUCACGGUUACAAAUGAGAGUGCAGUUGGUAAUGAUGUUAAUGUUAUAGAAAAUACAGAAAUUAGCACCAAUUUAGCUUCUGUGGUUAAUCAGGGCCAGAAGAAGAAAAAAAAGAAGAGGAACAAGGCAAAACAAAAUGGACAGAUUGAUAAAUCGGACUCAACAGUUAACACAAAUCCAAUCACGGUUACAAAUGAGAGUGCAGUUGGUAAUGAUGUUAAUGUUAUAGAAAAUACAGAAAUUAGCAGCAAUUUAGCUUCUGUAGUUAGUCAGAGCCCAAGGAAGAAAAAAAAGAGGAAUAAGUCAAAACAAAAUAAAAACAAAACCCAAAUUGAAAAAACAGGUAUACAGGUAACUAACCCAAUUGCAAAUGACGAAAGUUGUUCAGAAAAUUUAAAAGUACCAGCACUUGAUGAAAUUAACGCUAAUACCUCUACAAGUGAUAGUAGUCCAAAAAAGAAAAAUAAGAAAAAUAAAUCAAAACAAAUUCAAAGUCAAAAAAAAACUGAAUCAACAAAUUUAAAUCUUGACUCUGCUACAAAUAUGGAAGUAGAUUCAGAUAAUGAAAAUGAAAUGGAAAAUGACAAAGUUACAGACACUAAUACAUCUAAAGAAAAUCAAAGUCAAGAAGAUGAAAUCAAGAAGAUGACAUCAAAACAAAAUAAAGACAAUGAACAAGUUGAAUCUGCAGUUAGUGAUAAUGACGAAGUUAAUCCUAAUGCAAUAACAAAUGAAGAUACAGAUUCAGAACAUGAUUCGGAUGAUGAUGAAAUGGAUUCUGAAAAUGAAGAAAUUAAUAAAGAGGCAUUAGACACAGGUCCAGCAGAUGACAGCUCUGAUGAGGAAACAGAGAAACAGGAAAAGAAACCCGACAAGAAAUCCAAAAAGGAUUCUACAGAAACUAGUGUAAACCCCGAUGAGGAAACAAAAAGAACAUUGUUUGUGGGCAACGUGCCCUUCAGUAGUAAAUGUAAGAAGGAGAUAAAGAAGAUAUUCAACCAAUACGGACAGAUUGAGUCAGUCAGAAUCCGUACUGUCCCAGUAAAAGAUGCGAGAGACACUCCAAAGUUGGCGGUGAUCAAGAACGAGCUUCAUCCUGACAGGACCACUGUCAACGUUUAUGUCAGAUUUGCAGAUGCAGACUCAGUGAACAAGGCGCUGGCGGAGAACAACUCGGUCCUCAACGGCAACCACUUGCGCGUGCAGGCCAGCGCGUCGUCGGGCGCGCCGCACGACGCGCGCUGCGCGGUGUUCGUGGGCAACCUGCCCUUCGCGCUCGAGGACGAGGCCUUGCGCGCCGCCUUCCGCGCGUGCGGCGACAUCCACUCCGUGCGCAUCGUGCGCGACAGGAAAACCUGCGCCGGGAAGGGUUUUGGCUACGUGAACUUCAAAUCUAAAGAUGGUGUAGAACUAGCCCUAGCGUUGUCAGAAGAAGAUCUGACAAUAAAGAACCGGAUCCUACGGGUGAAGAGGUGUACGCAACCAACGCAGAACCAAUUGGGCAAGAAAGAAAAGUUUAAUAAGCAAAAUCAACCAGACAGGCAAGAUGCAAGAAACUUUGGUAGAGGCAAGUUUGGUGGCCGUCCAAACGACAGGUUCGGGGGAAAACCGAAGGACAGGUUUGGUGGCAGAUCAAACGAAAGGUUCAAUGGCAGGUCAAAUGACAGGUUCGUUGGUAAACCAAAUGACAGGUUUGCUGGCAGACCGAACGACAGGUUUGGUGGCAGACCAAACGACAGGUUUGGUGGCAGACCAAACGACAGGUUUGGUGGCAGACCAAACGACAGGUUUGGCAACAGAGAUAACAACCAAUUUGGCAAGGGAGAUAACGACAGGUUUGGCAAGACGGACAAUUUUAGGCAAGGAAAUCCAGGCAAUAAAGUGGGAAAUUUUGGUAAAGGCAAGUUCGGUGAUGCGCAGAACGAUGACAAAAAUAGCGGAGCUUACAGAAGAGUUAUGAACAAAAGGAAGAGCCAGGAAGCUGGCGAGGGUCCACCCAAUAAGAGACAGAAUGUGGACCAACCACCGAAAGAGAAGAAAGAAAGAAAAGAGUUCGUCGGUAUGACUGCAGAGAAGAAAAAAAAAAACAAAUUCGACAAGGGACUAAAGAAGAAGAAGAUCCUCAGUGAAAUCUUGACGAAAUAACGAAGUCAAUAGUUAUCAUAAUUAUUAUUUCCGCCAUCUUGAAUCCUGCAUCAGACGCUGUUAUUUGACGUUGUUCAUUGAAAUGGCGUGGUCAGAGGCGUAGUUCUAACUUAUUUUACUUACCUAAACUUUUCCCAUACAAUACAUACAUACAGUGGCGUGCACUUCAUACAUGCACAAAAGCUCUGCAUACCCUAAAAUUUUUGUAUAACCCAUUAAUGCGAAGGAUUGUUCC